CUAAAUGAUACUCAAAACAGGUGCGAUUGUAAAAACCUCGAUCUUUCCAAUUAUCCGCACAGAAACUUUUCCAGGCUUUUUUGGGCAUAAGAUUUCCAACAUUUCCAGAAGCUCUUACAACAUAGAAAUGAAGAAAGCCAGGCACGAGUACUCUCCAAAGUAAACUCUCUUCAGGCGCUCACGUCCAAAUCGAUGCUUAUGGUACUUUUGGCUUCACCCGCAUGAUAUCAUUUCUAGUCCUAAUUGUGAAGGAAUAAUCCGACAGGCGACAUGGGGCAUGAAGAGAUAAGUUGUGGCUGGUGAACAACUAAAUUGCGAAGUUUUGACACGGAACGCAAUUGAACACUACUCUCGGACCCACCCUCCACAAGACAUUCCAGACAAACAACAAUACGAUAAUACAGUAUAUCCCAAGAUAACAUUCAACUCUGGGGACGACAUACCAGACAGAAAUCACAUCAUGGCAUUGUUUUUAAUGUUCGUAAACGCGAUACCAACGGUGAUUGGUACCGCUGAAGCACUGGAUGUGCAGAAAAAGGAAGAUUUGGCUCAGAAGCACAAAGCAAAGUUCUUUAUGACAGCAAAUUUUGCUUUGGAUGGAAAAGCUGCCCAUGAAAAGGAAGCACAAGUCGUUUUACGUGACAAUAGGGUAUGUACAUCAAGUUACCAUAUAUUGCUGUGGAAAACUCUGGUGAAAGAAAAGGAAUGCUAAUUUUGAACUGUCCGCAGAUGUAUCUAAAUCAUCCAGAUGCGCCGAAAGAAGGACAUCGAUUUUGCGGGUACUAUUUUAUGUAUCCAGGCACCGAAGAACAUGGAUUAGUUUCGACGAUUCAGGAUAAUCCUCCGAUGCUAAAUUGGAUAUACGUCGACUCCAAUACUCUUGAGGUACGAUAUGGCGGUCGGGGAGAUACAGUAGGAAAUUUAGCACAUCCGUGGGAAUGGUCGGAGGAUGAAGUGAAUUUGACAUUGGAAGAAGAUGAGGGAUUUGUUGCGGUGGAAGUUGAGCCUGGAUUAUGGCAAAUAUAUUUUGAUAGGAACGGGGAUUUCUCCGGUCUGCCCAAAGGAAAGAAAAUCCAAGAAGUUUGUUUACUUAGACGGAUGAUGUGUGGCUGGAAUAGUCAACUUGUACCAGUCGAUAAGAAAAAGGAGGGGGGUUGAUAAUUCAAUGUUGGAAAUAAUAUAAAAAUUCCAAAUAUCAUGAUACCCGCCUGGGAAAUUCCCAUAUGUACUGUACAAUGCAGACCUACA